UACUUGAAUUGGCAAAGCUAUUUUGAAUGCCAGAUGUAUCUGAGAAAUUGCAAGUGGUAUCUCUGUCACAGAUUGUGGCCUCCGUGGCUGCUUCGAUGUGCGCCUUCUGCGUUGGCAACGCGCUAGCUUACACCUCUCCGGCUCUUCCCACGAUGACUAAUGAGAAUAUCACCAGUUUUGAGGUGUCCAAGCAACAGGCCUCCUGGGUGGGAGGCAUAAUGCCACUGGCUGCUUUAGUGGGUGCCAUUUCAGGAGCUCCGCUGGUCAUAAGUGUGGGCAGGAAAGUUACCAUUGUAUUGUCGUCGGCACCCUUCAUUGUAUCCUGGCUGGUAAUUGCAUCCGCCAGCUCGGUGGUCACGGUAUUCAUAGGUCGUUUCUUAACUGGCUUUGCUGUGGGCGUGGCAUCGAUAUCCCUGCCCGUCUAUGUUGGUGAGGCGGUUCAUCCAUUGAUUAGAGGCACAUUGGGACUGAUGAUAACGCUUUUGUGUAACUUUGGUGUACUUGUGUGCUUCAUCUUUGGAUCAUUCACCAACUGGUCACAGCUGGCCUAUAUAAGCGCCGCACUAUGUUUACCCUUCCUCAUACUAAUGCUCAUUGUACCGGAGAGUCCCCGUUGGCAUCUGACAAAAGGCAAAAUUGAGCAAGCCGAGAAAGCUUUGACUUGGCUGCGACGAAAGAAUGCGAAGAUUGAUGAAGAAUUGCGGGAAAUGUCCCAGGCCCAAAACAAUGAACCCGAAGAAUCGAAUGGUUUCAAGACAAUGUUUCAAAAGAAGUAUCUAAGACCUGUUUGCAUACAACUUGCCCUCAUGUUUAUCCAGAAUAUCUGUGGCAUCAAUGCGGUCAUGUUCUACACUGUCAUGAUCUUCAAUAUGUCCGGCUCGACCGUCGAUAGCUAUUUGUCUACGAUUAUUGUUGGUGUAGUCAAUUUUCUGGCCACUCUCAUAGCCACCAUAGUCAUCGAUCAUGCCGGUCGAAAGAUGUUGCUUUACAUUUCCACACUAACCGCAAUCGUAACUUUGUUUGUGCUGUCCGUCUUCUUUUACUGCAAGUCAAUCAAUUGGAACACGUCCAACUAUGGCUGGCUACCAUUGACCAGCUUCGUCCUCUAUGUAUUGGGAUUCUCCUUGGGCCUUGGGCCCAUUCCCUGGCUCAUGAUCGGCGAGAUUUUGCCCUCCCGAAUCCGCGGUCAGGCCGCAUCUUUAGUAGUCGCCUUUAGUUGGAUUUGUACUUUUAUCGUGACCAAAACUUUUCAGGAUAUGAUUGAUCUUGUGGGUAUUCAUGGGGCAUUCGGUUUCUUUUGUUUUGGAAGCAUCGUUGGACUUUUAUUUAUCAUAUUAAUGGUGCCCGAGACCAAGAAUAAAUCACUGGAAGAGAUCGAAGCGGAGCUAACUGGGAAGUUGCCAAAUGAAGUUAUACGACGUUCGUUGUAAAUCUUUUAUCAUAACUCCUAAAUUUCUGUUGAAAACAUGUCUUAUCCAUAGAACUUGGGUGAUACUCGGCAUAAUAUAAUUAUUCCGCUGUACAAAU